CGGCGCGCGCACCCGCGCUAAAGACUUGCUCCACCUCUCGGGGAGGAGACCCCGAGGACCGAUCCGCGGCACCCUCGGAGCGGAGGGUGAGGGCCACCACCCCGCCACUUUUCUCGCCUUUGCCCCACGACGGCCGUCACUGCCGAAGGGGCCGCCAGCCGCGCGCAUCUUGGUCGCGAGCGCCGACCAGGGGUGCGGAGGGGUGGCGGCGGAGCCCGGCUGCGGAGGGUGCGCCCGAGGCUGGUACCCCGAGGACAACGGCGAGGCCAGAUGGCCGAGAUGUGAAAGUAAAGAAGGACAUAUAAAAUAACAAAGAUGCUUUUGAGCCAGAAUGUCUCAGCGGUUGGACCCCUUAAUUUGUAUCCCAUGGUGCACAUCAGCCUCAUGUUUGGUAUUUCGUAUGUUUUGCCUGAUUUUUCAGAUGAAUCUUGCACUUUAAAGAUGACAUUACGAAAUUUGCAGUCAAUCUUAUCAUGGGAAUUAAAAAACCAUUCAAUUGUACCAACUCACUAUACGUUAUGGUACACCAUCAUGAGUAAACAAGAAGAUAUGAAGCUCGUUGUGGACUGUACAAAUAUCACAAGGUCAUUCUGUGACCUGACAGAUGUGUGGGUAAAUAUGACAGAGAUGUACAUCCCCAAAGUGGUUGGAUACAGAGGGAAUGCAGCUCUGGUCAGUUGUAUGGGCUCUUUCUUCCUGACAACGGACACACUGCCUUUGGACCCACCAGAGUUUGAGAUUGUUGGUUUUACAGACCACAUCAGUGUGAAUGUGAAAUUUCAGUCUGUCGCUCCCAAGAUACUAAAUGAGGAAGAAUUACAGUUUUACUUAGCAUUAAUUGAAGAACAGUCAGGGGGGACCGUUAAGAAGCAUAAACCCCAAAUAAAUGGAAACAUCACUGAAAAUUUCAGUUAUGUCAUCGACAAGUUAAUUCCAAAAACGAACUACUGUGUAUCUGUUUAUUUUGAGCCUAAAGAUCCAAGAAAAAUAAAUAGAUCUCCCUUAAAAUGUACCGUCUUUCAACCUGGAUGGGAAUCAGAGUCAUCAGAAUCUGCCACAAUAGGAGGAAUAAUUACUCUGUUUUUAAUAGCUGCUGUCAUCAUAAGCACUGUAAUGAUGCUGAAACGGAUCGGUUACAUAUGCUUAAGAAAUGAUUUCCCCAAAGUUUUGAAUUUUUAUAAAUUGUCAGUCUUGGUAUUUCCCGAGCUGCCUCGGUUGGAGGAAGUGGCUACCGUGGAGGUCAUUCACAUCAACAGAAAGAAGAAAGUGUGGAAUUAUAAUUAUGAUGAUGAAAGUGACAGCGAUAAUGAAGCAGCCCCCCGAAUAAGCGCAGGUGGUUACACCACACACGGACUAACAGGCAGGCUGUGUCCCGCCUCCGUGUCCUCGGCCACCUUGGAGGACUGCAGUGACCCGGCUGCUGAGGAGGGUGACCUGCCCGAGCCCGAGGCUGAUGCUGAGGCCCUGACGGCACCAGGGCCCAGGCCCUGGCAGUCGGAAUGCACAAGCAGGGGCUACCAGGGGAGAGGGAACCUGCUGCAGGACCCCUUUUCCGAGGAGGACAGCAGCUCCACGGAGGGGUCUGGGGACAGAAUUGUCUUCAAUGUGGAUUUGAACUCUGUGUGCGUGAGGGCCCUUGAGGACAACGACGACUCAGAAGUCACCCCAAUGUUACCGUCUCGUCCAGAAGAGACAGUCGUGCUAGAGGACCCUGACGAGACAGAAUCGAACCUUCUGGUGGCCAGUGGAGAAGGGACACAGCUGCCCUUCCCCGGCCCCUCUGCAGAGUGCCCGUGGCCUGAAGAUGCUCCUUCUGAUAAAAGUGACACUUCUGAGUCGGAUGUUGACAUGAGGGAUGGUUAUGUAAUGAGAUGAAUGAAUCAAGAAAUAUUAACUCGGGGGGCUUCCCUGGUGGCGCAGUGGUUGCGCGUCCGCCUGCCGAUGCAGGGGAACCGGGUUCGCGCCCCGGUCCGGGAAGAUCCCACAUGCCGCAGAGCGGCUGGGCCCAUGAGCCAUGGACGCUGAGCCUGCGCGUCCGGAGCCUGUGCUCUGCAACGGGAGAGGCCACAACAGAGGGAGGCCCGUAUACCACCCCCCAAAAAAAAAAAAAAAAAAAAAGAAAUAUUAACUCGGACGCCUGCUACCUCCGGUGCUGUUCCUCCCAGCACCCGCACUUGCUCCUUUGGAGUCUCCAAGUGUUCUCUGAGGGAAGGAUUAGGAGACUGGUGACAUCAUCUGUGCAAAUUCCCAGUCUGGGGGAAGGGGAGGUGGGAAACAGAGUAUUCUGGUAUCAUUCAGUGCGUUGUUUACCAGUUCAAAGUGAUUUGCUUUGAGGGGAAAAGGCCCUGCCCAUUCCCUUUAUUCUCAUGGAUGUCUAAUGUUUCUGCAUCAUGUUUCCCAGAGUAAAGAGCGGGGUUUAUAGCAGGAGCAGUCAGCAUUGUUUUCCACAGGCUCCAGGAAAGAGCAGGAAAUCAGCAGAAAAAGAGGAGGGAGGCUGGGCUGUGGGAGAGAAAGGAGGGGCACACACCAGGAAACAGAAGCACAUGCUUCGGGUUGGGUUAGAAGUAGGGAAGGUCCAGCCAAGUCUUGGGCACCUGCCAGAUGAUAUUCUGUCGCCUACACUCUUGAAAAUUCAACUCUCAGCCCCUUGCACAACCCUCAAUCUGAGUGAAGAAGACAGACACACCGUAAAUAACUCUAAGGCGGGGCGGGUGACUAAUACAGAAACAUUUGCAUAAGGGGGAGGGAUAGAAUCUCUGUGUCAUAUUUUAAGAUUUAAUUUUGUACAAUGGUUGGAGGUUGGUAAAAAAGAAAACAUGCUUUUUAAUAUAAACUUGGGAAUGUCUUCAGAGUUGUUUCUUAUUAGACAGGAUAUAUAUGCAGCGGAUGUGUGGUUCUGCUGGC